AUGUUUUCAACGAGGCAUUUGAUAGGGACACCUCAGCGAGGUGGUGGUCUGAAUCAAACUUCAAAUAGAAUUGACUUUACACCAAUUGGGAAAUCAAAUAAAAAUAAAUCUAAACCAUCAUCACAUAAUAUAAUAGAACUUGCUUCACCAGGGAACUCUACAUUUGAUCGAACUGGAGAUCUUUUCAUGGACACAACCAUCACCACUAAUUUCAAGCAAAAUGCUAAGCCUUCCACUGCCAGAUCACUGAAUCCAACCAUUACAAGAUUUGGUAUGGAUCAUAAUAAUAUUCUUAAUAAUGGUAUGACAUCUAUUAAAGAACAACAAAUGGAAAAUCAUAAAUUAGAAACUGAAAAUUAUAAUCUUAAGAUUAAGUUGGCUACAUUGACGAAAUUUUUGGACCAAACGCCUGAAGAACAAAGAGAUCUUUUGAAUCAUAAUAUUGAUCUUAAACAACAACUUACUGAAGCAUCCACAGAAAUCCGAUCUCUUAAGGAAUCAUUACGUGAAUUACAAUAUCUGACCAAUAAGGAGAAUGGAGAAUAUGAAAUGUCGAAGUUUAAAGAACAAUAUGAUGAGAUGUUAGAUUCAAAAGAUGAUGAAAUAGCCAAGCUUGAAAGAGAAUUACAAGUAAUUAAGGCAGAUAUAAUUAAUAAGAGUACACAUGCAGAAAAUUACUCACUUGAUUUACAAGAUCAAUUAGAUGGUCUUAAACAAGAAGUUGAUGAAUUAACGAAUGAGAAUGAAACUUUAAGAUUGAAAUUAGAAGAUUUUAAAGAUAAAGAAGAUGAUUUGAAAAAAGUCUAUGAGGAUACACUUUCACAACUUGAAAAGGAACGGAAUAAUCAUGAUUCUGAAUAUGAAAUAGUUUCUAAAGAAUUGAAAAAAGUUUCAAAAGAAUAUCAAGAUUUAAAAUAUGAUUAUGAAGUGGCAAUUCUGAAAAUUCAAGAUACUAGAGUUGAACAAGAUUUUAAAAGUAAGGAAAUUAUAGAGACUUUACGUAAAGAUUUAAAAGAUUCAGAUCAUGAAAUCUCCAACUUACAAGAUGAAAUAUAUCGAUGGAAAUCCAAAUAUGAAACAGCACAAAUCGAAUCUACUAGAGCUAGAGGAGGAAGUACCAAGAAUAUGGAUGAAUUAUUAUCAACUCAAGCACAAUUACGAAGUUUAGAAGAUAAAAUGAAAACCUUGGAGAAGAAUUAUUCAAGUGUAAAGAGAGAACUUGAAGCCAAGGAACAAGAAAUUAAUCGUGCUACUACUAGUAUGAAUACAAGAAAUGAAGUUAAUUUAUCAAAACUUGAAAGUAAAGUGGAACAACUUACUAGGGAAUUAAAGGAGAAGGAUAGAGAAGAAUAUAAUUUAAGAAGUCAAAUUCAAGCAUUAAUCAAACAAAGUUCACAGAGUGAAGGAUCAGCGGAAAAUUUAAAGUUCUAUCAAACACAAUUUGAAUCACUGAAGGCAAGAGAAAGAAAUCAAAGAGAAGAAAUUAAUGAUUUACAAACACAAAUCAAUGAUUUAAAACUUCAAAUUCAAAAUACUAGAGGAGAUUCAGAUAAAUUUGAUCAUAGAUUAUCUAAACUUCAAACUGAAAAUAAAGAAUUAAUAGAUAAGCUUGAAUUUUAUGAAUCUGAGUAUUCAUUAUUGGAAAAGGCUUAUAAAGAUGCAGAAUUAGAGAUCAAAACAAUUAAAUCUGAUCUGGUUAGAUUGGAUCUGACUUGUAAACAACUUGAAGAAGAAAAUCGGAAAUUACUUGAACAAUAUCGAUCUGCAGCUAUGACUGGUGAUAAUUUCAACAGUGGGAAAUCAGCAUUAGAUGAGUUAGAAUCAUUUAAUAGAAGAAAGUUGGAAAAAGAAAAGCAAGAAUUAAUAGGGGAAGUCAAUAGCAUGAAACAUGAAAUAAAUCGGAUGCAAAGUGAACUAGAAUUCGCCAAGUCAAACCAACAUAUACAACAGUCAUCGUCUAUUCCUUAUGGAGUAUCUGACUUCUAUAAAUCGGGGAAUGAAAGAGUUAAUUUUACCUCGGUAGUGGAAGAACGAGAAAUUAGAAUCAGGGAGCUUGAGUCUAGAUCCAAGAGAUUAGAAAGAUUAAUCAAUGAAAAGGAUACAACAAUUGAAACUUUAGAAUUCAAGAUUCAAGAAAUGGACCGUGCAAAGAAAUUGAAUAUCUUGAUGGAAGAUGAUGAAAAGACGGAUUUAAUGAAACAAAAAUCAACUAAUUCUACCAAGAUCAAAAUAUUACAGCUUGAAAAUGAGAAUUUACAACAAGAAUUUAAGGCUGAAAUAGAUUAUUAUAAGAACAAAUUGAAUGCCCUUUCAGCUGAGAAACGUGAAACAGCAUAUAAGCCUGAAAGGGAGUCGUCUGUGUCUCCUUCCAUUGUAUCAUUACUUGAAAGACAAUUGGAAGAAUCACAAAAACUUCGUAAUGAUUUAUCGAAAAAACUUGAAGAAUCAAUGAUGACUCGUGAUGAUAUCCUAUUCAAAUCUGAAAGAUUCCAAAGAGAAAACUCACAAUUAGUUGAAGCAGUUACUGUACUUGAGAAAAAGGAAUCAAUGUAUAGAAAGGAGAAUUUGAAUUUAGAAGAAAAGAUUAAAUCGUUAACACAGGAAGUUAACAGAGCCAAUCAUAAUUGUACAAGAUUGGCUGAUAAACUUCGUGAGGUAAAAUAUUCAGAGAAUAACUUAAGAAAAGAGGACGAUAUGAUGGUGAAAAAGGUACAAGAUUUACAAUCCAAAAACAGAUUGCUAUCUAGAGAUCUUGACUUAUUGAAUUCAAAGAUGUCCUCCACUCAUCUCAGUUCUUCUUAUGAAACUGCUAGAAAGAAUCUUAAGGAUAAUGAAUUACAAUAUUAUAAGGCAAAACUCUAUGAUAUGAAUUUAAAAGCUAAUGAUCUCCAAAUUAUGAAUAAUUUCAUUUUGAGUUCUAUAAAGAAUUCUAAUCGGUUGAUUAAGGACGAUAUAAUAAAAUUAACAAGAAGUGGAAUAUAUCCUGAUUAUGCGGCCAUGAGAAUGGAUAAAUUGAGUGGGAACAAAAAGUUAACUUUCAAGGUUUUGGCAAAAUUUGUGCUUGCACUGAUUCGUAUAAAGAAUAGAUUUGAAAAAGCUGAAAAAAGGAAAUUACAACUUUUCGAUUUGAGGACUGAAAUUGAAAAGGGGAAGAUUACAUUGUUAGAUUAG